UUGACUUACUCACAAGCGAGCGCUCUGUUUCAGGAAGACGCAUCAUUACAUACUCCAACACCGGGGGGGUUUUUUUUUUUUUUUCCCUAGCAGCCUAUCGAGCCCUCUCGCAGAUCGCAUUGCAACUCGCGGCGUCAACUCGGACACAUGACAAAAACCCUCAUCCAACCACGGCCUCGAUCGCUUCACCAUGUCCAGUACACGUACUCGUUGUACCCGUACUUGUACGUGAGGACGUGCAUGUUUCAACUUGCGCAUCCCUCUUCUCGGUACAACCUCAUAAUAUUCAGCCUGAAGGGGGCAAAAGCGACCAAGUGGCUACCCAAGUACCUACUUUGCCAACCGGCGCACAAACUGCCUUUGCGGAUCAUCUCCCAACAAAUGCGUAUUGGACGACGGUGCAGCGGAUAUCACGCAGCAAUCAAUCAUCACCAAGUACAUAUGUAUCUAUUCCCUAGCCCAGCCUCUGGCCGUCGAGUAGCCCAAAGUGGCCGGAGUGUGGGGGUUGACGCAAACAACGAUGAUGAUGUGAUCCAAUGCCACAAUUGAAUCCUGGCCUCUGGCCCGUGUCAUCUCCGACAUGGUGAUCGGCAGGGGUCUCCGGUAUUCAAGUAUCAAAGCCAACAACGCCGCGGGCGAGGAAAUGAGGAUGUUCACCCCCCCUAUAAAAACUCGAACCCGCUGUUCGAUGGAAACCCGUCGAGGGACGCGCAAACUGUCGUCAUGGUUGUUUGACCAUGUUUCGCUGCAGACGUCCUACAGCCAGUGCAAGCUCCAAACCACCCAUCAGCGCUCAAUGACCCGCAAUCCCGUCACA